AUGACUGAUUCUAUUUGGAACGAUCUAUGCCAACAGCCAAUACUCAUAGCUUCCUCUGAAAAAUAUACAACGCUUGUCAACGAUGCAACUACACAAUUGCCGCAACUCAUUGAAUCCAUCCUGUCAACUCUCAAUCGACGCGCCAUUGGGUUGUCAAAGCUUGCCAACUUUGAAGCUGCUCUUCGCGAUGCCAAAGUUAUGCAACAGAUCGCACCUUCUUCAGCAUUCGGUUAUUUAUGUGCAGCCAGCAUUUACAAUGCGCAAGGAAAACUGCGUCAAGUGAUUGAUAUCUGCAACAAGGGACUCAAUGCUAUUGAUACAAACGACCCAGCGUAUGUUACACUACAGCUUGCCAAAGAAGAUGCUGAACACCAUGCAAGCAAACACGUUGACUUUAUCAAGCAGCUGCCAGUUGAAGUUGUUACAACAACCCUGAUCCCAAUGCUGGCGAAUGAUCUUCCUUUACCAUCGUUGACACCAUGUCCUUAUUUACACGUGUCCAAUCUAUGGCGUGAUUAUAUUCUUCAAAGUACCAAUGGGUUACGUUUCGAGACUGGGGACAAGGAAGAGGAAGAAGAUCCAGAAAAAUGUUCGCAAUUGAUCAGGUUUUCUCGCCAUAUCAAGUCCUUGCAUGUUCGCCGAUAUUCCAAAGGAACGUGGCUUUCCGAUUUAUUCAGCAGCAACGAUUUUAGCUCUUUGCAGGAGCUAUGA